AAACGAAAACAUUAGCUAGCGGAAAAUAAAAAAAGCUUAUGUUAUAAUUAAAAUAGCCGAAUGAAAUAACAAUGGAAAGUAAUUUAAAUAAUACACGCUUUGGUAAAUGCAGGUUUUGUUUCUGCAAUGGUAAUCAUAGAGAUAUAAUGAAGGAAUAUCAUUUCAAUGGUAUACGCGAAGUAUAUUUCGAUUUAUUUCAAGAAUGUUUUAAUUUAUAUUUAUGUACAAACAGUAGAAGCUCGUUGAUCUGUUUGCCGUGUAUCCAGAAGUUAAGAGAGGCUUUCAGCUUCCGCAUGAUGGUUGUGAGUGCAGAGCAACAGCUGUUAGAUGCACUGGAUGAGAAACAGACGUACUUCGUUAACUUGGGAGAACCACAUAUUGACGUCGAUGUUAAAGAGGAGAAACAAGGAGAAGUUAAGAGUGAACUGAACGACUCAGAUGGAAACGUUGAUGACGAUGAUUAUUUAGCCAAGUACGAUGAAAUAAUGACGGAUGCCCAUUCGACAGCUGAUGAGGAUUUAGUCGAUGGUGAAGCGGAGUUCCUAGCAAGAUUCCCCCCCGGGACGUUACCACCUCUACCGACCAGAGCGACUUUGGAGUUCAGAUGUAAACAGUUCGUUAAGGAAUUAGAGUUGUUGAAAGGUAAAAAAAUCACACCAAAUUCUAUAAAAAAUCUUGUAAAAGAUUCAGCACAGCACAGGAUACGAAACGUGUACAUGACGGAGAAACUUGCGCAUAUAACGAACUUAUCGACGAUUCUAGAACAUUCAAACCUCACAGCGUUCAAGACUAGGCGACGAUCCGGCUUCCCUUGCUUCUAUUGCAGGCGUAUUUACGAAAACUUUGAAAUACUCCGCGACCAUCAGUACAACGAUCGAUGCAAAUCAAAUAUGAAGAAAAUACUAAAUAAAUCGAUCAUGGAACGAUUAGUGGUAUACGUUCACAUCACGGAAAUAAAGUGUACCAUUUGCGAUCAAACUCUGCCAAAUCUGAACGAGCUGAAAUCGCAUUUAACAAAAGUCCACAAGAAGAAGCUACAUCCAGAAUAUGGCGAUAGGAUUAUACCGUUCAAGCUAACCAAGGGAAACGAGUACGAGUGUCAAACUUGUGGGUUUAAUUUCGAAACCUUCGGAGCGAUCGAGAGACAUAUGAACGUGCAUUACAGGAAUUUCGUCUGUGAUCAGUGCGGUGCGGGCUACGUGACCCAGAGCCGGUUGAAGGUUCAUUUAAAAUACUCCCAUAUAAAAGGUGUUUUUCCGUGCGAUAUAUGCAACAAAGUGUACAAUACUCAAUAUAAACACAAGUGUCACGUGGAUGCUGUACAUAAGAUGGUGAAGAAAAAUAAGUGCCCGAAAUGUCCGGAGCGUUUCACGGAUUAUUUCGAUCGUCACCAGCACAUGGUGGAAGCUCAUGGGGAACAGCCUCUAAGGUACCGUUGUAAUGUCUGCGAUACGGUUUUCAAGAGACGGUAUGCUCUUUCAUUGCACAUGAAGCGACGGCAUCUGGAAGUCAAGGAUAAGGAAUGCUCGCUGUGCAGCUAUAAAUGUCACACUAUAGCUGAAUUGAAAGCCCAUAUGAUAAAACACAACGGAGAAAGGACAUAUGAAUGUAUGGUCUGUAAAAAGUCAUAUGCCAGGAAGAAAACCCUAAAGGAACACAUGAGGAUUCAUAAUAACGAUCGAAGGUAUGUCUGUGUCGUGUGUGGACAGGCCUUUGUGCAAAAUUGCAGUCUGAAAGGGCAUAUGAAAGCGCAUCAUUCGGAUUACGUGAACGGCUUACCUCGGAGCUAGUGAAAUUAGUUUUAAAUGUGUGGGGGUUAAUUAUCGUUGGAAUUGAAUGGCUUUAUGGUUAUUUGAUUUUAUAUGGCAUUACGAGAUAGUAAUGAAUUUGUUAUAUUAAAAAAAAUACAUGUAAAAAAAUCUCUGGCCUUCCAUGAAGGUCGUUUUGUGUUGUGAUGGUCGCAGAUUUCAUUUCCGCCAUUGCCUAUAAUGUUAGCCAAUUAUACUCUGUGUAUCAAUUCGAAUGACCAUUUAAUAGAAAAUUACCUGUCAAAUCUCAUUUAAAAAAAUAUAUAUAUAUUAACAGCAAAAUUAUUGGAACGAAGUUCUUUUACGCGGGUUACAGUAGAGUGAAUGGCAGAAUUACCAUAUGCCUACCCGUCUCUUUCUCUUUAUUACCAUCUCUUUCUAUUUUAUACGGUUAAUGUAUAAACAAAAGUGAAAUUAGUUAAACAAUAUUAAAAGCACAUAUUCAGUUAAAAAAAAUACUCAAAAUAAAUGAAAAAGAAGUCAUAUAUAUAUAUGUAUAUAAAUAUCAUGUUUUUGAAGUUUUAUACUUUUUUUUUUAAU